AAACAGAUUGAAUUUCAGCUGAUGCCCUACAGGAGUGUUCCUGAGCAGAGGCUUUACCACUCCUCAGCUCUCAGUCAUGGCUUCUUCCAUUCCCAUCCUGUCUGAAGACCAGUUGCUGUGUUCUAUCUGUCUGGACGUGUUCACUGAUCCAGUCUCUACUCCAUGUGGACACAACUUCUGUAAAUCCUGCCUUGCAGGACACUGGGACAAAAGCUAUCACUGCAAGUGUCCACUUUGUAACAAGAUUUUCGAGAACAGGCCAGAUCUGUCAGUCAACACUUUCAUCUCUGAAACAGCAGCUCAUUUUAUAAAAACUGCAGAAAUUAAAGCAAGAAGAGCUCACAAACAUACCCCUAAUCUCAAGAAACACACACUCAUUGACCCGGUAGAAAACCAGGAGGACUACGUGUGUCAGAAGCAUGAGAAACCUCUGGAGCUGUUCUGUAGAGAUGAUCAGACAUGUGUGUGCCUGCUCUGCACUGUGACUGACCACAAGACUCACAACAUCAUUCCUGUUGGGGAGGCGAGUGGUGAAAGGAAGAAUCACAUGAAGAAAACACAAAUAGAUCUGAAGAAAAUGAUCCAGAGCAGAUUAGAGAAGACUGAGAUGAUCAAACAGUCAUUGGCGCUCAGCAAAAAAGGAAUAGAGGAUGAAACUGCAGGUGGUGUUGAAGUCUUCACUGCUCUGAUGCGCUCCAUUGAGAGAAGUCAGGCUGAGAUGCUUGAGGUGAUGGAGGAGAAGCAGAAAGCAGUAGAGAGGCAGGCUGAAGAGUUCAUUAAAGAUCUGGAGCAGGAAAUCACUGAGCUAAAGAGGAGAGACACUGAGCUGGAGCAGCUCUCACACACUGAGGAUCACCUCCACCUCCUACAGGUUUACCCAUCCCAGUUCAGUCGUCCACAGGCCAAGAACUGGACUGAUAUCAGCCUUACAACUCAUUCCAGCAUGGAUAUUCUGGGACCUUCUUUUUCACAGCUUCAGAAAACCCUAAACAAGGAAUUUGAGAAAGAACUGCAGAAACGAAAACUGAGAAGUCUGAAGAAAACAGGAUCAAAAGCUAUUUAUUGGUUUAUGAAGAACUGGAGGAUUAUACUGUCACUUCUACCAUUACUUGCAUUCAUUUUCAUUUUCCUGAUGUCAGGCAGAAUGUGGACAUCAGUCUAUGCAGUGGACGUGACUCUGGAUCCUGAUACAGCUCAUCCCUAUCUCGUUCUCUCUGAUGAUGGAAAACAAGUGAGAUGUGGAGACAAAAAACAAUAUCUUCCUGACAAUCCAGAGAGAUUUAAUAAAUGUGUUAAUGUCCUGGGAAAGGAGGGAUUCUCCUCAGGGAGAUUUUACUAUGAGGUGCAGGUCAGCGGGAAGACUGAGUGGACAUUAGGAGUGGCCAGAGAGUCUAUUAACAGAAAGGGGAAGAUUAAACUGAACCCACAGAAUGGAUUCUGGACUGUGGUUCUGAGGAAUGGGAAUAAGUAUAGUGCUUGUGCUGGUCCCUCAGUCUCUCUCUCCCUGAGAGAGGAGCUCCAGAAGGUGGGGGUGUUUGUGGAUUAUGAGGAGGGUCUGGUCUCCUUUUAUGAUGUGGAGGCCAGGUCUCAUAUCUACUCUUUCACUGGUCAGUCUUUCACUGAGAAACUCUAUCCGUACUUCAGCCCCUGUUUUAAUGAUGAUGGUAAAAAUUCAGCUCCAAUGAUCAUCUCUGAUGGGUUUAAGACUACACUAAUAAAAUAUUUAAGGAUAUUUAUUACUGGUGGUUUGUAAUAUCUGACUGUCACUUUGAAGUAUACUUGUCUCAGUAACAUUUGUAAAAUC